UCAGAGAAGCAUCAGUUACGUCCCGGCCACCGUGCAGGAUCAAAUACCUUCGUUCUCUUUUAUCUCGAGAAAAUAUUUCGAAACUAUGAAGGUCAUCUGCUUUUUCACUUUGAUUGCGCUCGUCGUAGCUGCUCCACAGUUUAUCCCCAGAAGUGAUCUGGACAAUUCGCAAACAGUUGGAUUGGGAUACAGUGGACUAGGAUACAACGAAAUUGGAAACACUGGCACAGGCGCCAUUGGAUACAGCGCACUCGGAUCCACAGGCAUCGGAUACACUGGAACUAGUAACGUAGGAUACAGUGAACAAGCAUCUACUGGUCUAGGAUACAGUGGUCUCGGACACCCUGGAACAAGAUCCAUAGUAUAUGGUGGACACGGAACCACAAACCUUGAUUACACUGGAAUAGGGACCAUCGGAUACGGACGACUCGCUUCUACCGGUGUCGGUUACAGUGGUGCAGGAUAUAGCGGAGCAGGUCUGCAUGGAACCGGUGUUGGAAUUGGUAAUAUCCACACUAUUCCAACCGUUGGCACCGCCGGUUAUGGCUAUGGGAUAGUAUACUAGAUCGUUUCUUGAACUCUACAUCACAAAAGAAUGAAGUGUUGAAUAAAUAUCAGAAAACAGAAAACAAC